GCUCACGGCGUAACCGUCACAUGGCCGGACCGGGACUACAACUAUUUAAAGAGCGUCAGUGUCCUUUCAGCACCACUCCGCUGUCCACCCGCCAAGCAAGCAGUUCAGAACGAAACAACGCGCUGACUGAAAAAGUUUACCAAGUACUGAGCAGCAAGUUUGCAAAGAUGCCGAGGUCCUUUCUUGUGGAUUCCUUGAUUUUGAGGGAGGCAAAUGAUAAAGGGAGGGAAAACAAUCCACCGUUAUUUCCUUACGCUUUGCACCCGUCUCACCCACUCCAUGGGCUGUCCGCAGGCUCUUGCCACUCACGGAAGGCUGGCUUGCUAUGCUUCUGUCCGCUAUGCGUAUCCCAGCUCCACCCAUCUCCACCGACCUUGCCACUCCUCAAGGCAUCCUUCCCUACCUUCGGCUCCCAGUACUGCCAUUCUGCACUAUCGAGGCACCACACGUCCUCCACCGGCGUCAACCUCAACCACGGUCCGGGGAUAUAUCAAGCAACCUAUUCGGUUCCAGACCCACGACAGUUCCACUGCAUCUCCAUCGAAAACAACAACAGCCAACUUCAGAGCAGCAAGCGCAUGCGCACAGCCUUUACCAGCACGCAACUUUUGGAGUUGGAGAGAGAGUUCACUUCCAACAUGUACCUCUCCAGACUUCGGCGCAUUGAGAUCGCCACAUAUCUAAACCUGUCAGAGAAGCAGGUCAAGAUCUGGUUCCAGAACCGCAGAGUGAAACACAAGAAGGAGGGGAAGAGCGGCGCGCACAGAUCCGGUUCCCACAGUUGCAAGUGCUCGUCCCUGUCAUCUGCACGGUGCUCCGAGGAGGAAGAGGACAUGCCCAUGUCCCCCUCCUCAUCAGGGAAAGAGGAUGAUGGAGACCUGUCCGUCUCUCCCUGAACUUCCCCUGAUCUUCCCCGAUCCUCAACAGAGACAAUUCCAUAGCACCUGUGGAAUUCUGAAUGCAGCCAAAAAGUCGACUGUUCUUAUCGUGUUCAGUCACCUGUACAUAGGAAGAGAAUAAAAUAUAUAAACAGGGAAUUUCUCUGGAAUGUUGUAUAAUUGUAUACAUGUUGUUCGUUUUAUAUGUAGUUUUUUUCUGAUAACGGUCCAUUCGUUGUUGCCAAUGGAUUCUAUUACAGCUAGACAGGUCGAUAUUGGUUUUAUGAUAUACCCAAAUGAAUAGCAACAUUUGUUAGUAUUAUUUUUGUAAAACAAUAGCUGUAUUUUGUAUAAUGGUGAAUACUGGCUAGCUUUAAGCACAUUAUUUGGAUGGAAAUGUGACGGAGAUAUUGUGUGCGGGACGAAAAAGAAAUCCUCACAAUGUUACAUCACUAAUAGCCUAUCAAACUGUUAUUAUAUCUUCAGUGUAUUUGAAAAUAUUUAUUUAUUUAAACAUGUGAAUACUUAAAUAAAGAAUAUUUCUUAGUGAUAUA